GUCAGCUUGAAUGUCAGCCGCCUUGGCAACAUCAGAAACUCCCAUUGUUGACUUUUCAACUGAACCCACCCAAGGUGACUUGGUAAAAUGUAGCCUCUCCCCAUGCAUGUUGAUUGACAAGUCAGACACUUUACUCUGACAAGACGUUUUGGAUGCAUGCAUGGAAAAGACUUGUUCAAGUGAUAUUUCUGUAACGUGGUAUUAUUGACCAUGAUACUCAUAUGAAGUAGGUGCUUACCGACAGGGAAAGUUCUCUCGAGUGGAGUUCGAGAAAUGCGUGCCAAGGUGGGCUUGGAGAUGCUACAGCCGGGACCACUGCCCUAGUCACGGGACUGGGCGCGCCGUGCGCUAGAGUUACCAUCAUCACCCCCAACAGGUCUCAAGGGCAGGUGCCAAUUUAUAUAGCAAAGAUUCGGUACUUCAGUCGGAUGGAUCAUUCUCGACUCACGGAAAUGAAAGCGGCAUCUCUGGAAAGGGACAUUCAGUUCUUACAUCAACAACAUAGGCACACCCUCGACGAUCUGCAUGUCGAAAUUGAUAACCUUAAACGUCAAAACAAAGGUACGACACUUUCAAUGAUUUGUCAAGAAGCGAUAUGGUGGGCGUAAAGUGAGGAGAAAAAGAACUUAGUUGACUUGCCAUGGAAGACGACGAUUAAGGCGCGUGCGUCUUUGAAGUCGGUCACGCGCGCUCUCAGCAGCAGCUAGCCAUUUAACUGUAAUUUGGUGUAAGUGAAAGUUUUGCAAUUGAUUCAUCAACUACUGCUUUAAGUGAUUAUAAGUAACUGUAAGUAAUCUCAAUUCCUCUUACAUUCUUAAUGGCGGUUCCCAAUGUCCAAUGUGAAGUGAGGAUGAGAUGGACGUUGAUUGAAGUGACACUUUAUAUUGGCCGGUCAGGAAGGGUUGCCUGGUGACGAGCACUUGUGCUGAAGGAAAGAAACGACGGAUGAAUGCCGCCAAUUGUGUCUCGAGGCCCCCAUGUAAAGCACAGUGGGUGGCAAAACUGUGUAUCACUUUACAGGACUGACCAGCGCUCCCUCAGUGUAGCGUCUGCUUUCAGAUCCAUCAGGAGAUUUUUUCAAUCCAGUUUAAAAGAAGCAAAAGGAUUAUCUUCCUCUUCCUGAUGAAGCAUUAAUAGGCAUACACGACACCGUUGUUCAGCAAGAGUGCUUUUACAAGAGAUUAAAUGCUGCGUUGCGGUUUUAUAUACAGCCACAAUGAGAUAGGCCCCUAUCAUCUCCCCUGUUACUAACGGCGACCUAGAACUGCACUUCAAGCUGACCAUGGAGCCAUUGAAGUCAUGCAGAAAAGGCUCAAGCUACAGAACUCCAAGGCCUCAGCCAGAGGGCCAGAGAUUCCUGCCAGAGAGGGGAGUCAUUCUGGAGCAUGAUCCCAAUGUUCCGCAGGACAAGAUGGGUCUAAGUGGUCCACCAGGGAAUCCAGUUGGUCCCAGUGCCGCAAGUGCUGCUGAAGGCCCCAGCCUAUCCAAGCAGCAGCAGCAGCAGCAGCAGCCACAGCAGCAGGGCAGUGGGUCUCAGCAGCAGCUGAUGGGGGGGCUGAUCACCUCGCUGCAGCCCCUGAUGAUCCACUGCAGCCCCCAGCAGCCGCCUCGGCCCCCCACCCUGCAGGAGUGCGAGGUCAUCAUACGCCAGCUGUACAACGCCAACAGUCUGCAGUCCCAGGAGAUUAUGCACAUCAAAGCUGUACUGAGGGAUAUCAUCUUCAGUAAGAAGAUCUCGCCAGAGAAUUACAUCAUAACCAAGGCCUACCUGGGCAGUGGCGACAGAGCGGUGGACACAUCAAGGUUUCCAAAUCUACCUCUGCGUCAACUACCAAAGAGAAUAGUUUCCCAGGUGAGCCUGGCGAAGAGGGUGAUCCUGCCCGCCCUGAGGCAGAGCCAGGGCAUGAGCAUUGCAGAGCGGCAGCGGCGCGUGCAGGCCACCAGGGCCCAUCUAAAGAGGAGCGUCCUCCAUAAAGAUACCACCCAGAGACAGCCACCUGCGCCUUCAAAGCACCUCUACCACAACUUCAACACUGGCUAAACUCAAUAGGCCAACUAGGGGUAUCUGGUUCAGUAGUAACAUUGACAUUGACACAAGUUAACAUUGAUAUAGUGGCAAAUCAUCUAAUAUAGUGUGUCUCAACGGGGGCAUUCAGUACAGCCCCCCCAGGGAGAGUUGAGAAGGAAUCAACUGAGUGGGGGCUGGGCUUAUGGGUUACCAUUGGAGGGCAUUAGUCUAUUUUAUUUUUCAAUACUAAGGGGGGCAUUGGCAGGCCUAUGAUGAGGACAAGGGGGCAUUGGGAGGCUUAUGAUGAGGUCAAGGGGGUGUUUGUUCAAAAAAGGUAGAGAACCACUGAUCUAAGAGAUAAGCCUGGAGACCUAAUUUUCUUAAGUAAAUUACACACGUGGGCCACCUACUAGCAUGUUUACCACUCUGUGUAGGUUAACAUGUUCAGCCACCAGGGCCCAUCGGAAGACCAUGAGACCACAAGAAAGCACCCAGAAGACACCCACGCCUUCUAAACACUCCUAUCACAACUUCAACUCUUGCAUUCACCUCAUUUCUGAACCGCUUCAUCUGUAAAUUAUUUAUUAAUCGCGUUUAAGAAUUUUGACAUUUCAAUUAUUUAUAAAUGAUACUAUUUUCAGUAUUCAUCAUGGUAUUCAUCAUAUUAAAA